AUGAAGCUUCUUAGUUUGGUCAAACUUUCAUUACUCUCUCUCUCUCUCUCUCUCUCUCUCUCAAUCUCUGGUUUAUUGUUGUACUUGAUGAACUGAAUCAGCUUUUGUGAUCAGAGGCGGUCAACUCGGGACUGAUAGUAUGACUCAUAUCCAUACUGUAUGAGUGGUGGGAUUCGUACAAGCGUGAAGGGGUACCUUAUUGCCAAACGCCUGGCUUUCAAUGGGGAAAUUGAUACAGUGCAUGAGGUGAAUGAGACCAUCAAUAGCGAUUUGACUGGGCCGCAAGCUUCUGAUGAUUUCGUAGAUAAGAGACCACAAGAUCAUCCAGGGACGCCCAGUGCUUCAACUUCAUAUGGGCUCAGUAUAGGUGAUGAUAGCAUUCUUCGCUUGCCAAUGUUGAGCUAUGCAGCAAAGAGCAUGGAUUCAAAUUGGAAUAGAAUCUGUAGAGCUAUUAGUCUGCCCCAUGAUGCAAAGGUGUCAUCUGCAGCAGUGUCUUCUUGUCCUCGGACAGAAGGGGAGAUUUUGCUGAGGAGAUUCUUCUUGAAUGAACUUAAAAUGGCGACCUGGAACUUCCAUCCUGAUAAUAUGGUGGGCGAAGGUGGUUUUGGUUCUGUUUUCAAGGGGUGGGUUGAUGACUCAUCAGCAGCUGCCAACCCUGGUAAGGGCAUGUUGAUUGCUGUGAAGAGGAUUAACAAAGAAGGUUUCUUGGGUCACGAGCAAUGGUUGGCUGAAAUUUACUACCUAGGAAGGCUGCGUCAUCCAAAUCUUGUGAAAUUGUUGGGUUAUUGCUUUGAAGAUGGUCAUCGGCUUCUGGUGUUUGAAUUUAUGUCUCGUGGCGGCUUGGAUAAUCAUAUAUUUGGAAGGGAUUCUUGUCUUCAACCACUUUCAUGGAACCUGCGUAUGAAGAUUUCCCUUGAGGCUGCUAAUGUUCUAGCAUUUCUUCACAAUGGUGAGGAAACAGUAGUCCAUCGGGACAUUACAAGUUCUAAUAUCCUGUUGGAUUCAACUUACAAUGCCAAACUCGCUGACUUUGGUUUAGCAAAGGAUGGACCCACAGGUGAUAAAAGCCAUGUUUCAACAGCAGUGAUGGGGACACAUGGGUAUGCUGCUCCUGAGUAUAUUGCUACAGGUCAUUUAACUGCCAAAUGUGAUGUAUAUGGGUUUGGAGUUGUGAUGCUCGAAAUGCUGUCUGGAAGACGUAGUCUGGACCAAAGCCUGCCGACUGUGCAACAGAAUUUAGUCGACUGGGCCAAACCUUACCUCGCCAGCAAACGCAGAGUUCUCAAAGUUUUUGAUCCUUGUUUAAAAGGCCAGUACUCUGUGGCUGGAGCUCUUAAAGCAGCUAAUCUUGCAAAACAAUGCUUAUCAGAAGAACCUGAGUUUAGGCCAAACAUGACUGAGGUAGUAAAAGCAUUGGAGCAGCUUCAGGGACCUGAAGACAUGAAGGGUUUGAAGAUUCCUCAAAAUGAGCCUUGCCAGAGUCCUCGUGCCAAUUCAAGCAAUCGCAGGAGAAGCACAAGUUGGAUCAGCUUCAUGCCAUCUGCUUCCCGCAGCUAUACAUAAGAUAGUAAUGCAGGAAGCCUUCCCAGAGUACUCCUUGUGCCUUCCUCUCUCUUUGUUGGCCACUUGGUUGCUCAAUAGUAGAAGCUUCUUGAGCUUAUGUGUUGGUGCUACUGUGUAUUGUAUAUGAGAACUUGAGAAGUAAGUAAUUUUUCUUCUUCUCUAUUUAAAUCAAGGAGAGAGUUAAUAGGUGUGUAAGGGUUUUGGGUAGAGAGAGUUGUUCAUAACUCUAGUUAUAUGUUUCUCUAAAUUGAUCAUAGUGGAAUAUCUUGCCGGUUCUGAAAGUGGACAUAGUUUAAUCCUAUCGAU